CUACUGUGUCUUCCCUGAUCUUUCUCUUCUGGUCCCUCUCUCUCUCUUCUCUUUUUCUUUCUCUCUCUCUCUCUGUGUCUGGCUGUCUCUGUGUGUGUGUGUGUCUCUGUCUCUCUGUUUUAGUGUGUCUGGCUGUCUGUGUGUGUGUUCUCUCUCUCUCUCUCUCUCUCUCUCUCUCUCUCUCUCUCUCUCUCUCUCUUUCUCUCUCUGUCUGUGUGUGUGUGUCAUUCUCUCUGUCUCUCUGUCUCUGGGUCUCUGCCCCCUUUUCUUUCUCUGGGUCCCUCUCUUAGUUUCUGUCUCUGUCUCUCUCUGGGUCUUUCUCUCAGUCUCUGUCUCUUCGAAUCUAUGUUUGUCCCAUGGCUGAUAUCUAUCGUGUGCCUCAUUCUGCUUCCUUCAUUCCUCCGCUUGCUCUGCCUUCCAAGUCUCGGUCUUUCGUGUCCCCCAAACCGACCCCAUUCAUGGUUUGGCAGCAGAGUCUGUCCCUCCUCCGCAGCCGCCCUCUCCCCGCCUCCUGUGACGUGUCCCGGGACUCCCCGCCCCGGGCUGGGUUGUGAAGUUGCGGAUCCGGUUUGGUCGGGCGGGUCCGAGGCUGGAGGAAAUACACGGAGCCCCAGGGGCUGCGGCGGCAGCAUGGUGGGGCCGGAGAAGGAGCAGAGUUGGAUCCCUAAGAUCUUCAGGAAGAAGGUGUGCACGACGUUCAUAGUGGACCUCAACGAUGAUGCGGGAGGGACCUUGUGCCAGUGUGGGCAGCCUCGGAAUGCCCACCCUUCUGUGGCUGUGGAGGAUGCCUUUGGGGCAGCUGUAGUUACCGAGUGGAACAGUGAUGAGCACACCACGGAGAAGCCCACAGAUGCCUACGGGGACCUGGACUUCACGUACUCUGGCCGAAAGCCCAGCAACUUCCUCCGGCUGUCUGACCGCACGGAUCCAGCCACUGUGUACAGUCUCGUCACCCGCUCUUGGGGCUUUCGUGCCCCAAACUUGGUGGUGUCGGUGCUGGGGGGGUCGGGGGGCCCCGUGCUCCAGACCUGGCUGCAGGACCUUCUGCGUCGUGGGCUGGUGCGAGCCGCCCAGAGCACAGGGGCCUGGAUCGUCACUGGGGGACUGCACACAGGCAUUGGCCGGCAUGUGGGUGUGGCUGUGAGGGACCACCAAACGGCCAGCACUGGGGGCAGCAAGGUGGUGGCCAUGGGUGUGGCCCCCUGGGGAGUGGUCCGGAACAGAGACAUGCUGAUCAACCCCAAGGGUUCAUUCCCUGCAAGGUAUCGGUGGCGUGGUGACCCUGAGGACGGAGUUGAGUUCCCCCUGGACUAUAACUAUUCUGCUUUCUUCUUGGUGGAUGACGGCACCUAUGGCCGCAUGGGUGGUGAGAACCGCUUCCGCCUUCGGUUUGAGUCCUAUGUGGCCCAGCAGAAGACCGGAGUGGGAGGGACUGGAAUCGAUAUCCCUGUGCUCCUUCUUCUCAUCGAAGGCGAUGAGAAGAUGUUAAAGCGGAUAGAGGAUGCCACCCAGGCUCAACUCCCCUGCCUCUUGGUGGCCGGCUCUGGGGGUGCUGCAGACUGCCUAGUGGAGACCCUGGAAGAUACUCUGGCCCCAGGGAGUGGAGGACUCCGGCGAGGUGAAGCCCAGGAUCGGAUGAGGCGUUACUUCCCUAAAGGAGACCCUGAGGUCCUGCAGGCCCAGGUAGAGAGGAUCAUGACCCGAAAGGAGCUGCUGACGGUCUAUUCAUCAGAAGAUGGCUCCGAGGAGUUUGAGACUAUCGUUUUGAGGGCUCUUGUGAAAGCCUGUGGGAGCUCUGAGGCCUCGGCCUACCUGGAUGAGCUGCGUUUGGCUGUGGCUUGGAACCGUGUGGACAUCGCCCAAAGUGAACUUUUCCGUGGGGACAUCCAAUGGCGGUCCUUCCACCUGGAGGCGUCUCUCAUGGAUGCUCUGCUAAAUGACCGGCCUGAAUUUGUGCGCUUGCUCAUCUCCCAUGGCCUCAGCCUGGGACACUUCCUGACCCCCGUGCGCCUGGCACAGCUGUACAGUGCAGUGUCCCCUAACUCGCUGAUCCGCAGUCUUCUGGACCAGGCAUCCCAUGCGAGCAGCAGCAAAUCCCCACCUGUAAAUGGAGCUGCAGAGCUCCGGACUCCUAAUGUGGGGCAAGUUCUGAGGACUCUGUUGGGAGAAACGUGUGCACCGCGGUACCCUGCCAGAAACAACCGAACCUCCCUUCUGGGCCAGGACCACAGAGAGAGUGCCUCUCUGCUUAUGGACUGGGCCAACAACAUGCAACCAUCAACAGAUGCGAGCUUUGAACAAGCCCCCUGGAGUGACCUGCUUAUUUGGGCUCUGUUGUUGAACCGAGCCCAGAUGGCUCUUUAUUUUUGGGAGAAGGGCUCCAACUCAGUGGCCUCUGCCCUUGGGGCCUGUCUCUUACUCCGAGUGAUGGCUCGCCUGGAGUGGGAGGCUGAGGAGGCUGCACGGCGGAAGGACCUUGCUGCCACAUUUGAAAGCAUGAGCGUGGACCUCUUUGGCGAGUGUUACCACAACAGCGAAGAGCGAGCAGCCCGCCUUCUUCUGCGCCGCUGUCCCCUCUGGGGAGAGGCCACCUGCCUUCAGCUUGCCAUGCAGGCUGACGCCCGAGCGUUCUUUGCCCAGGAUGGAGUACAGUCUCUGCUGACACAGAAGUGGUGGGGGGAGAUGGACAGCACGACCCCCAUCUGGGCGCUGCUUCUCGCCUUCUUCUGCCCGCCUCUCAUCUACACCAACCUUAUCGUCUUCAGGAAGUCAGAGGAGGAGCCCACACAGAAGGACCUUGAGUUUGAUGUGGACAGCAGCAUCAACGGAGCAGGCCCUCCUGGGCCUGCGGAGCCCUCGGCAAAGGUGGCCCUUGAGAGGCGACGGAGGCAGCGGCCAGGACGUGCCCUCUGCUGUGGUGGUUGCUCCAAGCGCUGGUCGUACUUCUGGGGCGCCCCAGUGACCGCUUUCCUGGGUAACGUGGUCAGUUACCUGCUGUUCCUGUUGCUGUUUGCACACGUGCUGCUGGUGGAUUUCCAGCCCACAGAGCCGGGCGUCUUCGAGCUGCUGCUGUACUUCUGGGCCUUCACGCUGCUGUGCGAGGAGCUGCGCCAGGGCCUGGGCGGUGGCUGGGGUAGCCUGGCCAGCGGCGGACCUGGUCCCGGCCAAGCUCCCCUGCGCCAUCGCCUGCACCUCUACCUCUCAGAUACCUGGAACCAGUGUGACCUGCUGGCACUCACCUGCUUCCUGCUGGGCGUUGGCUGCAGGCUGACCCCUGGGCUGUUUGACUUGGGACGCACCGUCCUCUGCCUUGACUUCAUGGUCUUCACACUACGCCUGCUGCACAUCUUCACGGUGAACAAGCAGCUGGGGCCCAAGAUUGUCAUCGUGAGCAAGAUGAUGAAGGAUGUAUUCUUCUUCCUCUUCUUCCUCUGCGUGUGGCUUGUAGCUUAUGGGGUGGCCACAGAGGGGAUCCUGAGGCCCCAGGACCGCAGUCUACCGAGUAUCCUUCGCAGGGUCUUCUACCGUCCGUAUCUGCAGAUCUUUGGACAAAUUCCCCAGGAGGAAAUGGAUGUGGCCCUCAUGAAUCCUGGUAACUGCUCUGUGGAGCGGGGCUCCUGGGCUCACCCGGAGGGGCCCGUCGCAGGCUCCUGUGUGUCCCAGUAUGCCAACUGGCUGGUGGUGUUGCUCCUCAUCAUCUUCUUGCUGGUGGCCAACAUCCUGCUGCUCAAUCUGCUCAUCGCCAUGUUCAGCUACACAUUCAGCAAAGUGCACGGCAACAGCGACCUCUACUGGAAGGCACAGCGCUACAGCCUCAUCCGGGAAUUCCAUUCGCGGCCUGCCCUGGCCCCACCCCUCAUCAUCAUCUCUCAUGUGCGCCUCCUCAUCAAGUGGCUGCGCAGGUGUCAUAGGGCUCACUUGCCCUCCUCCCCAGUCUUCGAGCACUUCCGUGUCUAUCUCUCUAAGGAAGCGGAGCGGAAGCUGCUGACUUGGGAGUCUGUGCACAAAGAAAACUUCCUAUUGGCACAAGCUCGUGACAAGCGAGACAGUGACUCUGAGCGUCUGAAACGCACGUCUCAGAAGGUGGACACUGCACUGAAGCAGCUGGGACAGAUCAGAGAGUACGACCGGCGUCUGAAGGGGCUGGAGAGAGAGGUCCAACACUGUUCUCGAGUCCUGACGUGGAUGGCUGAGGCCCUUAGCCACUCUGCCUUGCUGCCUCCAGGGGGGCCACCCCCUCCAAGCCCCCCUGGGUCCAAAGACUGAGCGUUCCUGGUGGAUGUCUAGGUGUUUGCAACCAGAGAGGCUUCAUUCCUAGAGCUGGGUCCAGCCUGCCUCAAGCUACACAACUGGUGGCCUUUUCCUCACCGUGGACCCCAUGCUCAUGGGUUGCUGGCCCAACAAGCUUCUAGUGUCACCAUAGGGACCCUGUUUCAGAAGCAGCCUCACCUUGGGUGGAUCAAACUCUGAGCUGGCAAUGUUGGCCCCUUUGUGGGCCUAGCCACAAGCAGAGGAGGCCAGAGGGUCCUGGGGUGCAGUAACCACAGACCCUAUGCACAGCUUCCCCACAGUGGGGAAAUAAAGCCAUUUGAUGAGAA